AGUAAUAUACACGACUAGGCAGGGACUCUUCCGGAGAAGGGGAAUCUAAGGGCUACAUUGUAACAAUUAAACAAUGUGUGUAGCUUGUGAUAUAGGAUACAUUGUAACAGUUAUAUAUAAAAAAAAAAGAGUUGACAAAUUCUUAGCCACACGAUAGUGCAAUGUCAUUAUCAAGAAGUGAUCUAGUAGCAAGCUGACUCACUUCCACUUCAUAGGCUACGAAAAGGGGGUUUUCUCAGAAAGAUAAGCACGCAAUAUAGGCUAGGCUACUGCAAUAGCAGCGGUAAACAUAUUUGACGAAUUAUCAAUGAGACUUCAAAUAAUAUGUCGACUACACUUCUGACUGUCUUUCUGGCGGGAGCAAUACUCUACGCAGUUUCAGCUCAACAGCUCAACAGAAAAGUGGGAGUGGAUCUUGUGUUGAUGCCGGACAAGUCCACUAUACCUGACUCCAUCAUAAGCAUCCUAUGGAAGCAUGAGAAGAACAAGUUGGCAGAGUGGGACAAGGAUUUUGGUCUGGACAUCUAUGCUGCCUUCAAAAACCGCACAACCCUGGACCUGACUACUGGAGAGCUGAGAAUCAGUGGCUUGACGAAAACAGACAGUGGAGUUUAUUCUGUGGAGUUCAACAGCAAACUGCUUGACAAUACAUAUACACUAUCUGUUAUCAAGGCAGUCCCCAAACCCACAAUCACUUCCUCCUGUAACUCAGACAAAACCUCCUGCACUCUGACCUGUGAAGGCGACACCACUGAUGCUGAACCCGUCACCUACAGCUGGAAAGCGGGAGAGGGGGCGUGGGAGGUCUCAGGACAACAGAAGAUUGUCUCUAGGAAUGACAGCACUAAAAUCAUCUACACGUGUCAGCUCAAGAACCCUGUGAGCGAGGCCAGUGAAGACUUUGAUAAAGACCUUUUUGGGACAGGUGGCUGGUUGACCAAGGCCAGGUUAUUUGGUAUUUCUCUCUUUGUUCUGGCUGUUGCCGUUGUUCUAUUGUUCAUUUUUGGUCAUAAAGCUAAAACAGGAGUUUGGUUCUAUGAGAAAGAAACAAUGCCAUGGAAUGGAGAAUUUUGGAAAAAACAGAGAGAAGUGGGAACUACCACUGACGCAUCAACUGGAGUUUCUGCAUCCACAGGUGUCUCCUACUCCGUUGUUAACACACCCGCAGCUGAAGAGGGGCGGGGGAAGGAUGAGGAAGACCUGGCGAGGAAAAAUGAUCAUAAAGAUGAUUCAGUAAUGAAUUCAGUAUUGUAGGACGCUGUGGACCUGUGGGCCAGAGUAUCACUGUGGAUCAAGAGAAACGAAUCUAGACAACGAGCACUGGAUGAAAAAGGGAAUGCUCUACCACUUUAUUGUACCCAUUAAAACAAUGUUACAUCCCGAUCUGAGAAAUAGAGGUCAAUUUGAGUUACAGAUGUAGGAUCUUAAUUUGAGCUAGUUUGUUACUGCAGGAAAAUAGUCCUGCAGCAACAGGAAAUGUAAAUUAUGUGGAUUAUAAUACAUUUUUAAUUUAUAAUACAUUUUGUAGGGGUUGCUACAUUUUUCGGACAGGAAAAUCAAGUCAGAAAUUUCAAAGUGGAAAUUACAAACUUCAGAAGCCUCUUUAAGCCCUGAGUACACUACAGGUUGUACAUGCAUUGCAGGAAAGUUCUCAGGAUGAUCAAAUUAAGAUCCUACAUCUGCAAGCUUACAAAACAAUUUGCAAACUCAAUUACAAGUUGCAAAGUAAAUUGAUAAGCCUUACAAAUUCUUAGGAUCAUAGACAAACCUAUGACACCAAUGACUACUACAUUGAGUAUGUUUACAUGCACACUAAUUAUUCAAUAUUAAGCUAAUUAGGGUAAUACUCUGAGUUUGGCAAUAGUCAUGUCCUCUGUAGCUCAGCUGGUAGAGCACGGCGCUUGUAACGCCAAGGUAGUGGGUUCGAUCCCCGGGACCACCC